AUUCCCAUUGCUGUUGACUGAUACCGGGGACUUUCCCCUUCUCUAUGUAUAUUUUUUCUCCCAAGAAAUUUCUCUCUUGGUUUAAUCAACUUUUAUUUCUUAGUUAGAGUAUACAAAAAUUUUUGCGUUAAAGAAAUAGAUAAUGGUUAGAAAUUUUCAAUCGUCAUGAAUCAUUUUUGAUCGUAAUAUAAUGUUACAAUUUCUGAUCAUAUUAAUUACUUUUUGUACUUUCAUUAUUAUUUAUAAUAUAAAUAAUCAAGAAACCAUUCCUUUUUGUUUUUUGUCAUCAUACUAUUUAUUAUACUCUGAUACUAUUUAUUUACAUUAAAAUAAUAAUUUUAAAAACCGUUCAUAAAGUACCCUCAGCGGUGGUUAGUUUUCAAUGCGCAGUAAAAAAUAACUUUGAGUUAAAGUUUUUUUUACCGCGCAUUGAAGACUAACCUUUUAACUUAACCUGAUUUGCAAUUUAUAUUGCAAACUAACCAAGCUUUAAUAAACUAUUGAUAUAUAAAGUGCAUAAUAAUAUGUAUGAAAUAAUUUUAAAAGAUAAAGUUCAAAUACUAAAUUAGGAUUAGUAAAAAUAGUCGUUUUAAUUAUCAAAAUGGAUAAUAUUGAGUUAAUAUUUUUUGACACAUUCUCACACGACAUAGCUGGGGAACUUAAUUUGGACCUCGUGCAAUUUAUAAAACCGGUUUACAUUAGUGAAAUAAGAAUAAUUCCUCUUGGAGCCAGAGUUCAAGCCGACUUUCCCGGAGGUGUACGACUGGGAGCAACAAAUCCGUCGCAGUUUGAAAUAGAAUUCUUCGUAAAUAAUUACAGCAAGCCUGGCUCUCCCACUUUUGAAUCAUUGGGCGGAUUAGAAUACAAACAAAAUGUCAAUAUACAGCUAGAGUGCGAGAAAAAGCAAAUACUGACGGACGGUUUGAUACUCAAAGGCUGGUACACGACAAUAACAUUAGCGGUGUAUGGAAGUCUCAAUAAAACAAUAACAAUUACACCAGAAGUUACACCUCCAGCACCACCGCCGGCUGAAGUACCGGCUGAGAUUCCUGAGCCAGAGCCUAAGCCGUCUACUUCACAAACCGUUGAGCCGCAACCUGACUGGUACUUUGAGAAUCACUCACAAGCUCCUGCUACUUUUACGGCACCUGAACCACCAGCAACAAGUCCAACACCAGCUGCCCAACCAGCUCCAGUGGCAGUCGAAUCACCUGUAAAGACUUUGGUUAAUGAACCGGACAAAAGUGAACCAAAGCAGUGGACUGAAGAAACACCAGAAGAGGUACCGAAGCCAAUAAAAAGACCGUCGUCACCACCUUCAGAGUCUUUAGUGUCUCUUAGUCCAGAAUCCAUAUCCGCUGAAGAGGAAGAAGCAGAACGUGAAGCGGAAGAAAUGGUUACUGAAGCUAUUGAACCUUUCGAACCAAUUCUUUCAGAUGAAGAAUUAAUGACAGAUGAUUUGCCACCAACGGCAGCUGAGUUUACUUGCGAUAUUCCUGAAGAUAUUCACAUGAUCGAGCCGCCAGAUCUGCUGAAUAUUGAGAAACUUCCAGUAGGAAUAAAAAAAGACAGUGCUGACAACUCGGAAAAAAUUCGUGAAAUAAUAAAAUCUGUUACUAAAUCUGUUAUUAAUUUUAAUAACGUAACUGGACAAGAAAAAGAAGUUUUUGUGCAUAAUUGUGAGACUCUUUGUGUUCUACUUGGAUCGUCUUUUCACCCAGACAAUGACGACCUACGGGAUAUCACUGAGAUUGUUAAUGCUGGUCUGGACAUGGAACUUGCACGUGCACAACCUCAACCCGCUUACAAAGUUCGACAUGUCAAGGUAGGAGUUAGAUUAGCUGAAGCAGCAAGUGCUCUUGAAGAAGGUGCUGAUAUUCUUUUAAAAGUUCAAGCGCCACAUAAACUUUUGACACUCUGUACACGUGAAAAUGUCGCUUUGCCAGUUAAAUUGGCAGCUUUAAGAGCACUUGACGCCGCUUUAAUAAGUCCGAAGAUUGUUGAAGAAUUUUUAAAAUCAGAUAAUAAUUUGUACAAACUUACUCUGCUGAUGUUGGAUGAAGCAAAACUAGCGAGGUUGAAAUACGCCUUAGUUUCUUUGCUAAGAAAAAUUCACGUCUAUGAAUUACUGUCGGAAAUAAAUCAAGUUGGACUCAAGGAAAUUACGCUAGUCGAAUUAACUCAAGCGUACGUCUGCGCUCCGACGCUCAUGGCUCAACCGAAAAGACAAUUACCAGCUAGAAUGCAAAUGGAAUUUGAGCGAGAGCACAACAGAAAUCCUCGUAAACAUUUGAUAUCUUAUUUCCAUCACUACGGUUUAACUCGAAGAAUUUUCUUUGCUCUAGUGUCUCCAGAGUCAACAGAAAGUCUCAUCAAAGCCACGAGAAAAUUUUUAAGUCACCUAGCCGACACCGGAGAUGGACUUUGGUAUCUUUUCAAGGAGUCAGAAGUUACUAGGUCGAUAUUAAAAGCUAUAAGAUACGAAAAACCAGGACUGGGUGCUAUGAUCGCAUGGCGACUUCAAGUAGUCCAGUGUCUUGCACUCCUAAAAAAUUCAUCAACACAAGACUGGUUGGUUAUAAAAAAACUCCACUCAUUUCUCACAUUUCCCGAGGGCUUACGAGCGAUCAUAAAAGUUUUAUCAAUAGAUUCUUUUAUUGAUAUCUUAAUUCCUCUGCUAUCAAAUCGUGACUUUUCAGAAUUUGCGGCUGAGUUAAUAACGACCAUGGUUCGUUAUUCGGACGAAGUAGAAGUCCUGCAAAGUCGUGCUGGAGCGCUGAUAGAGGAAGCGAGAAGUCAAGUAAUACUUCGUGAUGUAAUGUCUCAUUUAACGGUAGCAGCACUAGCUACCAAUUGGAAUCACGGAGAUGUCUCUUCUCUUGUAACAACGAUAAGAAAAUACGCUGACAAAGCGCCAUCACUUCCUGGUGAACUUAUAACUGCAUGCAGAAUCUUACAUCACUUGAUAUUUCCUUCAAGCAGUGACAUGGAUCCAAUGGAAGCGUACAUCGAAUUGAAGCACAGAAAUGCUUUGACUCAACUAUUUGCUGCCGAUGGAUUAACGGCACUGAUCGCAGUAAUGACUAAAUUAACAAAUUUUUAUCAGCAGCCUUACGUUUAUCGGGCAGCAUUUACUGGUCGUCGAGGAUUAUUACUGAUAUCUGUAUUACUUCCAUGUGUUAAAUUAACUCACGCACUAUUAGAGCGACUGGUAAAAUGUAUGGCAACUGAAUUUAAAGAUCUGACUCCUGUUGUACCACUUCUAGGAGUUUAUGCUCUGGUAGACGCGAUACCAAAUUCUAGUCAAUCGACCCGACUACUUGCCGAUGAAGUCGCUGAGACUCUGCUACUAUUCACCCGAGCGGUAGAUUCUGACGGUGCUGGCAACGUCGCCAAGUCUCUUUGGACUCAAAUGCUCGGCGAAAUGCUCAAGAUGAUUUCCUCCAGUCCGUGUAAUUUCAUUCCUGGUUUAAAAUUAUUUUCACGACUAUUGCCGCCCAUUUUAUAUAUUGAAGAUACAGCUGAGAGUGAAGAUACAUUACGCGCUCUUGGGUUACGGAAAUUAUGGUCAGCUCAUCUUCAAGCACAAGCAGUAAAUCUUGCUGAGACUCUGAGGUUACUUUGUGCCAGUUGGAAUGAAACUUUACUGACGUUAUUGUCUACUGUUUGUAAACAACUGAGCGAUUUAGCAGCACCUACGGCACUACUUGUUGGUAGAUGUCUUCUUGAUAGAAUAUUAGCAGCAUCACCUCUAGAGAAUCAUGGACCGACACUGGUACUGCUUAGUGAUUUAGCACUCCAUGCACCAGUCAAAGCCACUCUACUGACUUUAUUAAGUCCAACAUCACGCGCACAAGUAAAAUCAGAUCAAAAAUAUAUUCCAGUUGUUGACAUGAUGUGUUCAGCUCUUAAAAAUACAACAGAUAAAAAUGUACAAAUUGAAAUAUUAGAAAUAUUUAACACACUCUGUGAUCAUACUCUUAGUAUUAUGCAAGAGGAACAUAUUGAAUCUUUUGAGAUUCGUUUAACACAUUCAGUUCCUAGCAAGGAACCGUUACUAUCAAUAAUCACUGCCCUCAUUGAUAUUCUUGCAAAUGCAACCAAGUAUUCAUCAGAUGUAUUAGAAAAUACACUACGUAUUCUUUUAUCACUUACUCAUCACAACUACGGACUGUAUCACGUUAAAAGCUGCUUAGAAAAUAAUCUCGGUACGUUGAAGUCAUUCUUGGAGCACGUGGCGACUGUGGAAAAUGCUGAGGAUGAGGACAAAAAAGUAAAUCCAACACUUACAGUAACUUUUCUGGAAAGUUUAAUAACGUGCGGUAAAUUUGAGAGACGAUCGUUGUAUCUACGGUUGUCUCAGUUGGCAACUUUGAUCAUGUGGGAUAAAAAUGAAACCCAUCCGUUGGAAAAAAUUUCUGGUACUGCGGAGUUAGUUAAUGAUCUAAAAGCAGCGGUUGAGAAUAAAGAUGAAAAAGAACCGAUUCCAGAAAUGCUUGAACCUCUUUUACCAACUCCAGAUGCGUUAUUGAAUCAAUUUUCACAGAGAUCAAUCAAGAGGUCAAGAUCACCAAUACCGAGAGCACGAAAACGGUUCAGUGGAACCGGUAGCCUGGAAAAUAAUAAUACCGUUGAUUUGAUAGCGUUGGCUACUGAAUUAUUACCAGCAGAUUUUAAUUUAAUAACUGCAACGCAAGUGCUUUGCUCGAAAACUUUAUCAAAAGACAUCCUGGAAUCAGGACAAACGAAGGAAGAAAAUUCACGUGAUAGCCGUGAGCUCCAGAAGCCACCGACUGUACCCACGGCAAAGACGAAAAUGCCUUUUGUUGCUCCAAUGCGUGGCCGUGCACAAUUCGUGAGCUCGCGUGGCGGGUUAGUGUCUGGUGGAGUCGGCCGAGGCGCUGAUCCGUUCAGAUCGAGACCACCGAACACAUCACGACCGCCUUCACUGCACGUUGACGAUUUUGUAGCACUGGAAACUUGCGGCGCACAACCAACUGGACCUACUGGCUACAAUAAAUUAAGUGUUCGAGGUACAUGUCCACCUAGAGGUGUCAUCACCGGACCAAGAUGUCGACCGUGGAUGGAACCACGACCACCGUACAUGCGUUAGAUAAAUUAUUAAUUUACGAUGGAUAAUAUUAUUUCUAUCCAAUCUUAUAAUUUUAUAUUAUUAUUUUAAUGAAAAAAUUAUAUGUACAUAUU